CGUCCAUCCAUCAAACAUAUAUAUAUAUAUAUUUUAAAAUUUUCCUAUUCCGGUGUAAACAAAACUAAAGAAAACAAAACAAGAAGCAGAAGCAGCAUGAAGGACGCUUCUUUCAUCCAAAGCCUCUUUUCCAUCUUCCUACUCUUCUCUGACACCGCCUCUGUGGCCGCUGAUCCUAACUUGCUCCAAGAUCUCUGCGUUGCCGAUCUCAAUAGCACUCUGAGGGUUAAUGGGUUUGCAUGCAAGCCGACAGCAACAGUGAGCGAAGCUGACUUCAGCUACGCAGGACUAGCAACAGCAGGGGACACCAACAGCACCGUGGUUGGGUCCAAGGCAAGCGCAGCCACAGUGGAGAAGAUCCCAGGUCUCAACACGCUCGGAAUCUCAAUGGCCCGGGUGGACUACGCCCCCGGGGGUGUGAACCCACCCCACACUCACUCCCGAGCCACCGGGAUUGCAUUUGUCCUGGAGGGCACCUUGGAAGUAGGCUUCAUCACCACGGCCAACAAGCUCAUCUCCAAAACCAUCUCUGCAGGUGAGGUCUUUGUCUUCCCUCGAGGUCUUGUCCACUUCCAGAGGAACACUGGCACCACACCAGCUGCGGCAUUGGCGGCUUUCAACAGCCAGCUCCCUGGGACCCAGUCUCUGGCACUCACACUCUUCACAGCUUCUCCAGCGGUUCCGGAGGACGUGCUGGAGAAGGCCUUUCAGAUUGGGUCCAAUGAGGUGGACAAGAUCAAGGACCGCCUCCACCCCAAAUAACUAUAUAAGUCACCCCAGCCUCUUAUCUCCCUCUCCCUGCUUUGUUAUAUUGUCGCUUCAAGAUUCAUCCAUCUGCUACUCAAUUUCACUUGAUGCCUGAUACAUGCAUGUUAAUCACAAAUCCACCACCACUCAUUUCAUUUUAUACUUGAUACAUGUAAAAUGUUCAUCACAAGCAAUAUGUCAUAUGUCAGAUACGUCUCAAUUUUCUUACCAACCGCUCUAAAAUCUACCUCAUCCCCAUAAAAGAUUGACUGGACAUAUUACCAUGGCAUAGAUGCAGACAAGCAAAAAUACUCCCAUAUUGAUUAUUACAAAGAAAAAAUUCCAUCAAGCAUGCAAAAUAUGUAGUGACAACGUUCACUAUGAAUCAGAUGAUUCUGCUCUAGUUCACACACAAUGCAAACAGAAAUAUAUUGAAAAUUAUAAUUAA